UUGGCAGCCAUGAACAGGAGAAGAAGGAAGGAAGUGUUUAUGUCAGGAUUUGAGUUAUCGCCUAUGAGCCAAGCAUUUACGGGAAAGCUUUCCGUAGUAAUUUCUUAUACCUAACUAGGUUUGUGUUGCCUCAAAGCCACAAUGAGGACAAUAUUUAUGUUGUUUAUCGUGCUGGCUUAUUUGUCUGGUGGUGUCAGAGGUGCUCCUCAAGCAGGAUCAAAGGAGCCAAAUUCUCUAUCUAAUGCCCCUGUAAGUGAUACACCAGCACAGAUCAUUUCGGCAAAGGACAUGUCAGCACCAGGAGCAUCUAUUGGAAAGAAACAAGAAGCAGGAGCACCUACUGGAAUGGAAAUGGGACUGGCACCAGUAGACCCUACUGAAAAGGAAACAGCACCAGUAGACACGGUUGAAGAGAAACCAACACCAGCACCAGGAGACCCUGCUGAAAAGGGAAUGGCACCAGUACCAACUGCUGAAAAGGGAAUGGCACCAGUACCAACUGCUGAAAAGGGAAUGGCACCAGUACACCCUACUGAAAAGGAAACGGCACCAGUAGACACUGCUGAAAAGGAAACCCAUGGCACACGUGAUGAGGCAGUGAGCAGUCACUUCUUUGCUUAUCUUGUGUGUACAGCUGUGUUGGUGGCAGUGCUCUACAUUAGCUACCACAACAAGCGAAAGAUCAUUGCCUAUUGCGUGGAGGGAAAGAGGUCGAGAUCGGGACGUCGGCCCAAAGGCGCAGAGUACACCAAGCUGGAACAGAAUUAGUGAAGGUGCAUCACUGUCAUGAAGUUAUUGCCAGAAAACUGUGGAUAUAGGUGUUAAGAUGAAAUAAGGCACCAAACUGAUUCCUGGUGAAAGAAGACUUCCUUGGUUUAAUCAAUAUUGAUUUCUUUUUUUAAACAAAUGGAUGUUACUUCAUAUAUUUUUGUCUUUGGAUGCUUAUUGCAUGACCAUGCAGAGGAUACUGUUGCUGAAUCUAUGAAGCUGAGAAAGAUAAGCAUGCUUGUGUUUGCACUCCUGUGUUAUUGUGGUACUUUGGGAUGUCCUUUGUGUUUUCAGUUCUGACUCAAGAUCAUUUUUUGUCACAGAAGAAAUUGUUAAAUUGUGAGGAUUCUAACUGGUCCCUUAGUGUUUGAAAGUACUGUAGGACAGUAGUUGGACACCUGCAAUGAUGACCACAAUGUUGGCCAGAUGAAUGUAAAUGUACUUCUUGUAUGUUUUGGAGUGUUGUAUUUUCUCUUGUUAGCUUGAUCCCUUCUGAGAUGGCAGAGGAAAGGGACUUUUUAGUUGCUAUGUUGCAUUGUAUUGGCUGUUGGUUGGAGUGGAGUAAGUGAAAACAGUGAAAUUGAUUGUGUGACUGAUAAUGCCGGUGGAUGAAUGAUACUGAAGUUAACCUAGGCCUAAAUUCCAAAUAGAUUAGAGCAGGGGUGUCAAACGCAUUCAGUCUUCACGAGGUCCGGAGGGCCACAUGUAAAGUUUGUUAUAUUUCCUCACUGUCAGAAUUAGAAAAAAAUAGUCCCAUAUCCAUCACUUUUGGAAUUUUCAAUGCUCCCUGUCUAGCAUUCGAUUAGAUCAGGGUUUCCCAAACUCUGUCCUGGGGCCCCCCCUGGGUGUACGUUUUGGCACUUCACAGCUGAUUCGAAUAACCAACUCAUCAUCAAGCUUUGAUUAUUUGAAUCGGCUGUGUAGUGUUAGAGAAAAAAACAAAACGUGCACCCAGGGGGGGGGGCCCAGGACCGAGUUUGGGAAACCCUGGUUUAGAUGACUGUUAGCAAGCUGGACAGACUGAAGAGACUAUAUAAAUGUAGGUCCAUUAUAAUUUUUCCAGUUUCAAUUUGGUUUUAGUCAUUUUAAUGUGAAUUGAGAUUGUUUAAAAAAUUUAUAUAUUUUUUUUUUUACACCAGCCCCCCUCCCCCGAGGCAUGGAUUGAAUGAGCUCCGGCCCGCAGGCCAUAUGUUUGACACCCCUGGAUUAGAGCUCUGUUACAUGACCCGAGCCAGACGGGCCCCAACAUUAUACAUCGGGUUAGGGCCGGGUAGGGCCUGUUUUUUUCCAUCAAUAACUAGGGUACGGGCAUCACUAAAUUGAUCAGUAACAUUUUAAAGCUGAGCCAUUUGCUUGUGCUCUGCUGCUCAGUACAGUCACAUCUGACUAAGAUCAUAACAUGGUGUCAGAAGUGCUUAAAAUAUGACAGGAGAGAUUAUUUCACAGAAAAUAAUGUUCCUUGAGUUUUGUAGGAGUUUAGAGUGACAAAGUAGCUAAAAGCCGAUUUAUGGUUAAUCUGGACUCUGUAUUGGCAGAAGCAGAAGUCAAGGCAUUCAUACUUCUUGUGGAGCAGAGUUGUUGUCAAGGAAGUGCGUUUGUGUUUAUACAGGAUGUACCGUCCCCACCUACCAUCAACCAAUCAUGUCAAUGCAGAGCUAUACAAAUCUAUACGGAGCCCUCCUUAUUGUGACAUGCGUCCUCCGCAAGCCUCCGGAGGUUGUGACGCAGCUGCGGCGCAUCUGGAGGCUUGCUGAGGCCACAUCGCCUCUCAGAUUUUGUAACAAUGCGGAGGGCUCCUUAUAGCUUUGAAUAGCUCUGCAUUGACAUGAUUGGUUGACGGUAUUGGGCUUUAACAGCUCUCUCAUGUCUCAAACUCCCGAGGGGCGCAGUGGUCUAAGGCACUGCAUAGCAGUGCUAGCUGUGCCACUAGAGAUCCUGGUUCGUAUCCAGGCUCUGU